AUGGAAACAGCCAUUCUAACAUGCAGGUGUGUCGGCACCAAGCCGCCUUCGAGCGUGGAAGCGGUGAGAUUCAGCCCAGAUGGCCGAUGGCUUGCAGCCGGCCGCUCCAGCGGAUGUGUUGAGGUUUUCAGCGCGGUCAGCAGGCAUCUGAAACUCCGGCUCUCGGCAGCCUCUUGCACUUCUGUGCGAAACAUCCUCUGGCUGCCUCUGACGGUAGGCGCUGCUGCAGCUGCGGCAGCCGCUGCUGCAGAAGCUAGAGGGGGUGCUUUGCACCAAGAAAGCGGCAGUAGCAGUGAGGUAUCGCUGUUCGAGUGGCGAAUUGUGACAGCCGGCCUGCACGGGAUCGUUUCUUCGUGGAACCUCCGCACUUGCCGCGUACAGGUUGAGUGCCCUUCGCACGGUGGCGCAGUCUUCUCCCUGUGUCUCUGUCCUCCCGAGUUGAGCCUUCCCUCGUUUGCUGCAGCGUGCGAUGAUGGCAGAAUUCGGCUGUUUCGCUUGGAGGGGCCUGCAGACAGGGCCUUUCGCGAGCUGAGUUCAGAUCCAUACGUGAAUAUCCUGCAAAGCGACGACGGCGAAGAAGAGAUUCGUGUGGCUUAUACCCUAAUUGUCUCCUCAUGUGCUGCAGGCCGGCUCCUGUCUGUGUGCUGGUAUAGCUCGGACUUGAUUUUUGCUGGAAAUGCAGCCUCCUGCAUUUUGCGUUUUUCACGGGGAGGAGCGCAACAGCCGUUCGUUGCAGACGGGAAGAUGGUCUUGCAGUCUGGACAGGCGGGCGGUGUCGGUUCAACCCUCGUGUGGAAUCUGCGUGCGCUUCCCAGUCGCUCCCUAUUGGUGAGCGGCGACAGCAGGGGUUGCGUCACGCUGUGGUCUCUGCCUGCAUGCGUGGCCCUUCGCUCGUUGCAAGUUCACGUUGCCGACGUGCUAGACAUGGAAGUGAUGGUUUGCGUCGAGAGUUUCAUAGACACGAAGAACAGGGACGGCGCGCCGCUCGUCAAGAUGCAACAGGAAGUUAUUCUCUCUGUCGGCGUUGAUGGGAAGCUUUCUGCCAUCAGCCGCACCGAGGAAGACCGUUGGGUUGUGCGCGCCUGCCGGUUCCCCCAUCUGUGCGACUCGCAAGCCAUCGCAUGCGUGCGCAGAAUUCCAGGGGGUCAGGACGCGUCUUGGGUUGUUACGGGAGCUGCAGACGGCAGCCUCAAGUAUUUGCAGCAGCUGACAGAAUUGGCGGGCCUUAAGGCUCCGUGUCUCCCGUUUUGCGCCUCCCCUGCGCUGCAAGGUUUGCAAAAGCCAAAAGUUUUGUGGAAAAAGAGACUCAUCGUAUGUCCAUCCGAGGAUGACAUCGGCAUCUGGCACAUCGAAGAAGACGCGCUGCAGGCGCCGCCAGUGACCGCCGCAAAAAGCGACGCAGCGGCUCCUUUGGUGCAACUCGCAAGAAUUACUUUGCAAGGGGGAGCCAAGAUAAGGUGCUGCGAUGCAACAAAAGAUGGACAGUUGGUUGCAGUCGGCAGCAAUCAAGGCCUUCGGCUGUUUGCUUUUCAUUUGAAAGAACUCGACAUCCAGGAUCUGGAGUGCCUUGGUGCUUGUCGCAUAUCUGAAAUGGUCACUUCUUUGCACUUCGUGUCGCGCUCCGUCCUGGCCUGUUGUUACUUUUCAAGGAAGCCGCGGAGGACUGUGAAUUGCCGUCGGCUUCGGCAGGCCGUUGCUCCCUCCGCUUCGCCUUCCAUCGCGUGUGAUCCGUUCGCGUCGGAAGCAGUGGAAGGGAAGGUCAGAAACACAAAGGGGGAAAGCGAAGGCUUCGAUGGCGCUUCCAGUGGCUCGAAGAAGUGGGAGUACAGCGACAUGCCAAGUGCUCGUGAAGCCGCAGCAAUCCCCGAUCACUUGACCGCCGAGGGUGGGAGUUUCUGCGUUGCGUUUAUCAAAAUCUCGACGGGGCAGGAGCUGGCGGCAGUCCGAGAUCUCCCCUUUCCUGUGGUAUCCAUGUCGACCAGCCCUGACGGCUCUAAGCUGGGCUGUUUGAACAGCAACAGCUCCAUUUUGGUGUUUGACGUGGCUGCCCUGCAGCCGACGCACAUCUUUCCGAACAUUUUUAGGAAAGGCGAGUCGGUUGCCGCUUUCUGCUUCUCCCCCGAUUCGGCGAAACUGUUUGUUCUCGGAACAAGGAACGGCUACUACAUUGUGGAUGUCCAGACACCCGAGAGCAGCAGCGGAAUCACCAACGGCGAGAGCUCGGCCAACUCGCCAUCACCAGCGCGAAAGCGGAUACGACAGCACACCCGCAGGAACGUGCGCUCGAUCUCUGCAAAGGAGCUCUCGCGUGGCGACGGCUGUAUAAUAGAGUGCAGAUGGGUGGAGGGGUGUGAAGAUGGCGAAAGCGCCUGCGUCUUGUGCCUGCUCCCCUCCGGCCUCUUCAAAGUUCCUUUCACCAGGCACGAUUCAAGUGAAGGCAAUCCGAGCGGCAAAGCGCAAAAGAAGCAUAGAAAGGAUCUACGGUUGCUAGAUGUCAGCAGCGACUCCGGGGAAGAGCGAGACGAGCAGCAACUGCAACAAGCGCCCUCGCAAACGCGCCGAUUCCCGCCUCGUUUAAAGAAGUUGCAUUCUCGUCGCGGCGUGAUGAUUGGCCCGCCCCCUCUUUUCGCUGCAUCCUUUUGCGUUCCCCGAGUGCUGCCUGCAUCGCUGCUCUCGCCGAGCGCUCGGGAAGAGGUGGACGGCAGCGUGCUGCUCUCUUUCGAGGCGUCGUGCCUCUCACCCAGCGGAAGUUGCAGCAGCACUCGUUCGACUGUCACUACACCAGGGGACUCGCCAGUGAGCGAUGGAAGAAGCGGCACGGAUGGAACCACCGGGGCGGCCGUAGGGCCUAUGCCUUUAGGGGAGUUCCCAGUGGCAAGAGCUGCGAAAGCAGCAGCUGUGACAAGGGCCAUACGGCAGAGCGAGAGCAAGGGCUUUAUUGGGUUUGCAUUUGAGAGAUGGAGGCACAAGCAAACGGAAGAAGGUAAAGGCCAAACGGGGGAGGCGCCCGCAGAUCACGCCCUGGUGCUUCUCGAGGCCAUCAAUUGUGUAGCGCAAUCCAAGGAGACGACGGCAUUGCCAAGAUUCAACAGAAAGCGAUACGGAACCUAG